GGCUCGUCGGCAUACGAUAUUCGACGGAGGAAUCGCACAAUUUCGCAUUACAAAUGCGCGAUCAAAACGAGACUGUAUAUAUGGACGCAUUUACCAUCCUGAACUGGGAAUUGAAAAAGCCUUAGUAGAUACUCGAGCCAUUCACUUCACGCUACCAAUUUACGCCGCCAAAAUGCCUACCUCUCUCUACGACCUCAUUAUCCCCACCUUCAUCAAGGGUCUCCAAACCUUUGACCACGUUCUCACAAAGGCGGAGCAAUACGCCAAAGAAAAGGGCCUCAACCCCGAUGAAGUUUUCCCCCAAGCCAGACUCGUUGACGAUCAACUUCCCCUCGUCUUCCAAGUUCAGAAUGCCACCAAGGCUGUUCAGGUCACCAUUGGCCGCUUAACAGGCGUUGAGCCCACAUUCUUCCAGGACAAUGAAAAGACCAUUGCCGACCUGCAUGCCCGAAUCCAAAAGGCCCUCGAGGCUGUGAAGAGUGUCAAGCCUGAGGAUGUUAACUCACGAGAGGAUGUCAAAGUGGAGCUCCCCCGACCCGACAAGACUCUUCAUCUUACGGUCAAGGAGGCUACACUGUACCAUGGCCAAACAAACUUCUUCUUCCAUAUCGUCACUGGCUACUCUAUCUUACGUUCAAAGGGCGUGCCUAUUGGAAAGGGUGAUUAUCUUGGAAGCUUUCUUGCUCACCUUAUGCAAAGUUAUAACCUCAUGCGCGCAGAUGUAUCAGCGGCAACAUCCGGAUCGCAGAACAUCUCUUAUGAAGUAGACUGGCCAUUGAUUCGGCAGCGUAUUGACCGCCGUGUACAGCCUUCACACUCGUGGGGAUGGGCAUCUCCUCAAUUGGAGCCCUUGGAAUUCUCUCUCGUGGUUCAAGCUGGCGAAGAGGACUUUGCUUGCUUUGUUAAAGGGAACAACGAAGUCUUCCUUCCCCGGAACUCUACAUCUGGCUGUGUAGAUCCUGCAUUGGCUCGUAAUCUUGUUACUGAGGCUCUCAUGAUGUCUCCUGGUCUUGUUGAGCGGAUCCGACAGUCGAAAAGUCCCGAAGAAUACGAGGUUGAGAUCAAUGGCAUCAAGUUUCCGGCUGUUUAUAGCAAUCUUGACAAGCUCCUCCUCAUCGUCGACCCAGAGACAUAUCUACCAUAUAUCAUCCGCACGGAAGAACAACAUCCGAUCUAUGGAUAUGCCACAAAGGACGUAUACCUUUCAAAUUACAAAGAGGUACAGGGAAUCAAAUUCCCCCACACUAUUCAGACUAUCUACAACUCAUCUAGCCAACGGCUCGGUGUAGUUCUUGAAGACUUCGUUAUUGACAAAGUCAACGCUACGGCGGAAUUCCCUAAAGACUUUUUUGAUCCUGGUUCCGACGGACAGAACAGAAUUAUGCAAAAGAGGACUCCUGGUGUUCCGAGCGGUCUUGUCACAGAUUACAGCACGAGUUUGCUCGGAUCACCAGUCAAGAAUGUCAGCGUUGAUGCUUUGAAAUCAAUAAGGCCUGUUGAUCUUCCUCAGCUGUACUGGCUUAUCAUCGAUGAUAGCCAUGAUCUUGGCUUCAAGCAGCUUAUUAUUGAGUUUGAGAAUGAGGUUAUUGUGUGCGAUGCACCGCCCUUCUGGAGUGAAGCUGUCAUGGAGUGGAUAAAGAAGACUAUUGGGAAGAAAGUUACCUACGUCGCGCCUACACAUCAUCACCGCGAUCAUAGUGGAGGGGUAGCCGAUUACGUCCAUGCUGGUGCCAAGUUGAUCAUCCCUGAGAUGGCAGUGGAUUACUGGUCCAGCGUCCCAGGGGCCCAGUUCAUCACCUUCAAUCAAACACACCCUUACGUCCACCGCGACAAUAAGAUCCAGGCCUGGUUCAACUGGGCUGAUCAAGCUCCUCAUGCAGCUGACUGGACUUAUGUAAUGGUUACAGAGCAAUGUCCUAAUAAAGACUCACCUAUUUUUGUGUUCGAGGCUGAUACCUGGGAAGCUGGACUUGGUGUUGAUUUGGGCAAUCAGCAGCAGAUGAGGCAGUGGUUGGAUCAGACCCUAGAUGAUGGCCUUCCCAGAUCUGCGACUGUGAUGCCUACGCAUGUCGCUGGAGGAAGGGUGCAGCGCUGUGUAAUGAGUCGUCUGUGA